AUGCCAUCUUCUAGUUCUGUCACUCCCCCUGUCCAGGAUCCUGCCAUGGUUUCUCAGCUCGUGCCAUCACCUACACUACUAGUACCCUUGCGAGCUUCUAAAAUGUCGAAACUUGACAUCCCCACCUUCUCUGGCCCACUUGAACCAGCGGCCAUCAAUGGCUGGCUUGGCUGUUGUGAAGACUCUUACCUUGCAUGGUCUGCCCUCAAUGCAGGUCAAGUUAUGCCUCCACAACUUCGCAUUGUGCUCGCUGGGCUCAAGCUUGACAAACCUAGCACCAGCCUCUGGUGGAGCGAGAAUCAUGAUGUACUCAAGCUGCUGGCCACUUGGGAGGCUUUCGCCUUGCGCUUCAAGGACCAUUUCAUUCCCUCUGGCUGGCGUCUAGAUGCACUUGCUCACUUCUAUGCUGUCUCGCAAGGCAACAGCAACUUUCGCUCAUUUGUCGCUAACUUACAAGCAGCUCGGAACACACUUGGUUCAGCAGGUCUCGGAUACACUAUCAGCAAUUCAGUCUUCAAAAACCACCUCUUGUUUUGCGCCCAGUCCAUCCUCCAACUGCGUGUUUGCACAAUACCGAAUCUUGGGUAUGAGAACUUGAAGGUUGAUGCACUCAUCAAUGUCAUGGCAACAACUUGGUCUAGUCUUGUUGCAGAAGGCCUGAUGAAGUCAUUGCCCACUAGACCAAUGUCUACCACUCCCUCUACAUCAACCAUGCCUAGACCGAAGCCUGCAUACCCUCUUCCUGAUCUCAGCUAUGCAGAGCGUGAAGCAUUGCGUUCAGCCGGUGGAUGUUUUCAUUGUCGCUUAUCGCCAUCUGACACUACCUGGAAACCACAUAUUGCGCGCGAAUGCCCAGGUGACCAAAGACGUGGAAUUCCCUCAUGUGCCCCUCAUCAGGCGACAACUGUGGCAGCAGUCACUAUCCCUGAAGGCUACAAGGAAGUCUUCUUGACACAUGGCAACCCCGGUGUCACAGAUUUCUCUGAUCCUAAUGCUGGUCUCAUCGCCACUCUUAUACCCCAUGAUGUUGUCAUGCUAUCAUGUGUUCUUGAAGGUGGCUCCGACAGUGAUGAUUCAGAGGAAGAUGAUUAUGGUUAUGGUUAUUAA